AUGACAAAUCGUAUAAAAGAUAUUACUCAUUAUGGGAUUCAGAUACCUAGAUCCGGCAAAGAAGGACAAUCACAAGUUGACAGGGCCUACUCGGUCUCCAACACACGAAAUCCUUGCAAAUUUAUUGACAAAAAUCCGCACAAUGUCCAACUUUACGAUGAUCAUUCUCAUUCAUCGCGUAAUGAAUUAAAACAGUUUAAAAAUACCAGCGAGUUGGAAGUAUUGAAUCAGAAAGAGAAGCUUCACAAUGCACUUAAAGGAAGAGUGAUGUUAAAGACUAUUUUAGCAGAUGGAAAGAGUACGAGGCGAUAUUCUUCGUCAAGUUCAAGGUCUGACAUUUCAUUGGAUAUUGAUGUAGGAAGUUCACUCCACAGAUUUAACAUAAGAGCAAAAGAAUUUAAUAAGGUGAUCUCAGCUCAGAAAACUAAAAUAAUAGUAAUCAGUAAAGAACCAAUCAUAUGUAAAAUAGAAAUCGAUGGCAUCAGUAUUGAACAAGUAACAAAAAUAAAAUACCUUGGAACUACACUGUCCCACUAUGGAGACAUGAACAAGGAAGUGAGAGAUCAGUAUGCAUCAGAAACAAGACCCGACACAGCCACAACAAAAAGGAUACUGGAAACGGCAGAGAUAAGAGUAUUGAGAAGAAUUACAGGAAAUACGCUGAGAAAUCGAAAUAGGAAUGAAGACAUUAGAAGAAAAUAUAACGUACUGUGUAUAAACGAAUGGACACUAAACAGAAAAAAGAAUGGAAUAACUACAUACGCAGAAUGA